UCCCGCCCCUUUAACAGGCAGCCGACUUGACGUAAAGUGUUUUCCUAAGAGUUGCUGUUGAGUUUGUUGUGAGGGGAAGUUCUGGGGAUGGCAGCUGCUGGGGAGGUAGAGAUGGUGGUGGACGAGUUUACUGCUCCCCUAGGUCAGCGUGCCCUGCUGGAGCAGAACCAGGCCCGAGUGCAGUCCUUGUUCCGCGUUGUUCUUACAGUGCUGGGCUCGUUGGAGGCGGCCGAAAGGUGUAACGAUAAACAGGGCCGGAUCUGGUUGCAGUUGCAGGGCAAGAGAGAACCAGUGAGGAAAGCCAAGGAAUACGUGAAAGGGCUUUGUGAACCAGAAAUGGCAGAGAGAGAAGUUUAUCCAAAGGAAAUGCACUGCAUCUUUGUAGGAGCUCAGAAUUUGUUUAUUGAUCAUCUCAUUCAAGAUACAUAUGCAAAUGUGUCAAUUUUGGAAAUUGGGGUGAUUAGUAUUAAGGGAGGCACAGAACCUGUAGUUAUGGCCCAAAGUCGUAUUCAGCAGUUAAUACGUCUUUUCAAAAAUAAUGAAAGCUUGCCGGGUGAAAAAGAGCUUGAGGUGAAGAGACAGUUUAAACAUUUUGUUGAGGCACAUGCAGAUAAGUACACUGUAGACUUGUUACUCUUGCCAAGCGCACUGAAAGAAGAGCUGUUGAGUCUUACAUUAGAAGACUGGUCAACAGAAGAAGAUGAUGAUCUGAUUGUAUGUGAGCUUAACAGUUUAAAUGCAAUAGUGGACAAAAGAUUAGAUGAUAAAGAGAGUGGUGUUGAAGAAGUUAGAAGAAAAUCAGGAACUCCUGUAACAGAACUAACAAAGAAACUAGACACUGUAUUUUCAGAGGUUUCAGAAAUUCAGUUUUCCCCCAUACAACAGAUAGAUGUACUAGAAGAGAGACCAUCUUUUAAAAGACGAAUCUCAGAGACUGAAGAGAGAUGCUCCAAGAAGCCGUUUUCACUGGAAGCUGUACAAAUAGAUGGGCCAAUACUUAAAAGUGCUGCAGCCACAGACAUUCCCAUUAUAGAAUUGAUUUCAGAUGUUAGUGACAUGGAAGAUUCUGUAAUACUUGUGGAAGAGGAACAUUCUGUCAGUGAGGAAACAGAAUACAGAAUCUUAGUUAACUUCUUUAAAACAAUGGGUUAUUCUCAAGCUGUUGUUGAGAAGGUCAUUGGUGCACUUGGGCAAUCAGAGGAGCCGUUGAAACUUCUAGAAGAGAUCGAAAAGGAGAACAAUAAUGUUGUCAAUAAGGAAUCUUGCAGAAAUUAUCAGGACAUCACCAAAAAGGACCAGGUGAAAGAUUCUCAGAAGAUAACAAAUAGCAAUAGUGUAUUGCUAUCUGAAUCUCAUCCACAACAGGAGGUAAACAAAGGUUUUACUGGGGGUCUAGGCUUGUCAAAAAAUAUAAAGCAUUCAACACAAAGGCUACCUAAAGGAGCAGAUGUUCAUGGAUGUACUUCUAACACUGCAAGACUGGAAGCAGAUAAACCUAAACCACAACAUUUUGACUUUGUAGCUAGAGGUACAUCAAGCCCUCCUCGAUGCAGAAAUAAUGUAGCUGAAACUAUUUUAUUUAAACCGCAACCUACAGGUUCGGGGACUCAAAGCAAUAAGGCUGGACCUUCUUGCAUUCCUCCCCUGAUUUGCAACAAAAACAUUUUUAAAGGGAACAUGCCUCAAGAACAUAAAGCUGCACCAUCUGGAAGACCAUUUAAUCAUCUAAGUGAUCCAUCUGUCACUGGAGCGCAGAUAUUUCUAAAUACCAUAAAAGUUCCUUACAAGUUACAACUUAAAAAUAAUCCUGGAAGAAGUGACUUAAACCACAUCAUAAUAGAUGGCAGCAAUGUCGCAAUGAGGCAUGGUCUUGGGAAAUUCUUCUCCUGCCGAGGGAUUGCAUUAGCUGUUGAAUAUUUUUGGAAGCGAGGGCACCGUAAUAUCACAGUUUUUGUUCCACAAUGGAGAACUAAAAGAGAUCCACAUGUUACAGAACAGCACUUUUUGCAACAGCUCCAAGAACUGGGAAUACUAUCAUUAACUCCAUCUAGGACUGUUUUAGGGGCACAGAUUGCAUCACAUGAUGAUCGGUUUAUGUUGCAUCUUGCAGAGAAAACAGGAGGCAUAGUUGUGACAAAUGAUAAUUUCCGUGAAUUUGUCAUUGAAUCACCACUUUGGAGAGAGAUUAUAAAAGAGAGAUUAUUACAGUAUACUUUUGUUGGCGACAUUUUCAUGAUUCCGGAUGAUCCUCUAGGAAGAUAUGGUCCCAAGCUGGAUGAGUUCCUUUGUAGACAAACUCAAAGACGAAAUGUUCCUAGCGAUCGUCCACACAGCAGUGACAUGCACUCUCCUAAUGAUCUGUUUGGAUCCUCACAACCUGUGGAGCCCAAGAGCCCCCUGCAGCAGCCUAGGUUCUUUCCACCUGUGGACCGGCCGCCCCCACCGAAUAUAACUCACUCCUGUCCUGUUAUGCCUCCACAGCGAAGUCUUGGUGAAACUGCACAGUUAAAAGAAGCACUUCUAAAAAUAUUCCCAGCAUCAGAUCAGAGACAUAAAAUAAGCACCAUCUUGUCUGCACACCCAUACAUGAGGGAUCUCAAUGCACUGUCUGCCAUGGUUUUAGACUGAAAUGUUCCAUGUUAAAUACAAAGUGUACUAAAGAGAUGUAUAUUGUUUGUUUUAUUAUAUAUUUUUUUAUUCUGUAAAGAGAUUUAUUUAUGUCAUUUUAUGGUUUGUCAGUGUUGUUAAAUGAAAUGGGAAAAUUGUUUUAUUUUUAUGGUUAUAUUUUGCCUCAUGUUCUGUGUUUAAACCAGCAUAACAUAGAUUGCAAUAGAAGGGAAAAAUAAAGAACAAAUUAGUGUCUUGCGUGUUUCCCCCAGUUGAAAGUAGGUAUUUGAGGGUAUUUAGUGCAUUACCCUUGGGUAAAUGGGCAUAGGUACCAGUGGUAGUUAGUGCAUUACUCUUGGGUAAAUGGGCAUAGGUACCAGUGGUAUUUAGUACAUUACUCUUGGGUAAAUGGGCAUAGGUACCAGUGGUUUUUAUUGCAUUACCCUUGGUUAAAUGCAAAUAGGUACCAGUGGUUUUUAUUGCAUUACCCUCGGGUAAAUGGGCUUAGGUACCAGUAGUAUUCAGGCCAUUACCCUUGGGUAAAUGGGCACAGGUACCUGUGGUAUUCAUUGCAGGUUCCACACAGGGACAACAAUUCACUACUGUUCCCGAACUAAAUUUGCCACCUGUCCUGCUAUCACCGGGACAGCCCUAGCAUCAGGAGGAAUGUCCCGGAUUCGCUAAUAUAGCAGCUUUUGAGUGCAGCACUUUCUGCAAACGUACAUCAACACUAGCUCUGCAGAUAUAAAAACACUGACAAGCCAUCCACCCUGUGCAUCUCAAGCCAGUAUAGGUGCAUGAGACACUUGUACCAUAUGCUACAAGUAAAACCAGGAAGCCUGCAAGGAUGACAUGGCAAUGGUGAUGCCAUGAUUUGGGAAGUGCUUGUGCUCUGGCUGAGGCUCUGAGUGACGGCUGCAUCCUCAAAUCAACAUAAGAGAAAAUUGGGUGCAAGGUAUACUGGUAGAACAGCAGCAGUGAGUGCAGUGUAGCUGCAGAAGCAUGGGAGGCAGAGCGAUUUUUUUUUUUAUUUUUAAAAAGGGAUAGUAAAGUACAAAUUAAACUUUCAUGAUUCAGAUAGGGCAUGUUAUUUUAAACAAAUCUAUGAUGUACUUUUAUCGUCAAAUUUGCUUAGUUGAAAGCUAAACCUAGGGAGGCUCAUAUUUUUAAGCCCUUGAAGGCCGCCUCUUAUCUGAAUGCAUUUGAGAGUUUUUCACAGCUAGAGGGUGUUAGUUAAUAUGUUUAAUAUAAAUAACAUUGUGCUCACGCAUGUGGAGUUGUUUAAGAGUCAGCACUAAUUGCCUGAAAUGCAGUCUGUCAAAAGAUCUGAGAUAAGGAGGCAGUCACUAGAGGUUUAGAUACAAUGUAAUCACAGAGGUAAAAAGUAUAUUAAAAUAACCGUGUUGGUUAUGCAAAACUGGUAAAUGAGUAAUAAAGGGAUUAUCUAUCUGUUUAAACCAUAACAUUUUGGAGUUUACUAUCCCUUUAAGUUACACUGUGGCUGUCAUUAUCAGGUAUUUCCUAAAUUAAUAUUAAAAUUUGCUAAGAUAAUUAAAUCUGGUUGUAUACACUAA